CAAAAUUGGCUCGGCCUUGUCAGCUGUUGCGCUGCAGAGCGAGUGACUUUGCCCCCUUGGGCGCGACAGCCGAAGCUUGUUGGAGAGGCCGCUUCUAUCUCGACGAGCGAUGCCGCCACGCAACCUCAAGAGACCAGUCAAAGCAGCCGACAAGGGCAAGGGCAAGGAAGUCGCUCGCGCGGCUCCGGCCGAGCCAGAGGAUAAUGCGCUGGCUACAACGACGACUGAGCGGAAUCUGUUGGACGACUUGUUGCCCGAACCUGACCACUCUGCUCUGCUAGCCCAGCGCAACCGUUUCGGCGAUUCCGCUCGCCCCAAAGUCAUAGCUUACUUCGUUGAGGGGACGGGCGCACCCCAGAGAGGAUAUGAGCCGAGUCAUUUCGAUAUGACCUGGCGCCGGACGGUCAAUGAGGGCCUGAGAGCACUCAAUUUACGACAGCUCACGCAAAAGAGCAAAGACCGCGACGUAGAGAGUGCGAGAGCAGCGGCUACCGCGCAAUUGCAAGCCGAGCAGGUCACCGUUCUGGCCAAGGAGCUCGGUCUGACAGACUAUCAAGCGCAGGAGAUGCUCGCCGAUCACGGGGGCGACCUCACCGCUGCUUUGCGAGCCUCUGUCUCGGUCUCAGAGCCGCAGAAGCAAAAAGCGAUACUCGCAUGAGAUGAUGCAUA